AUGGAUACAGCCGGUCGUCCUGUGGUGAAGUCAGGUGCUGUCAUGGGUUUCCUCCUUGCCGUAAAUGGUCUUUUGGUGCUGUACAUUGCUAUAAACCUCUUUGAAGCUAUAACUGGUUAUGGCCUUGGUGGAUCCUCCAUGGCUCUCUUCGGCAGAGUAGGUGGCGGUAUUUAUACCAAAGUUGCUGAUGUUGGUGCUGAUCUUGUGGGCAAGGUUGAGAGGAACAUCCCUGAGGAUGAUCCCAGAAAUCCAGCGGUGAUAGCUGAUAAUGUUGGUGAUAUUGCUGGCAUGGGAUCUGAUCUGUUCGGAUCAUAUGCGGAGUCAUCUUGUGCUGCUCUUCUUGUUGCUUCCAUUUCCUCUUUUGGGAUUUAUCAUGAUUUGACUGGCAUGCUUUAUCCUCUGCUCAUCAGUUCUGUGGGUAUCCUAGUUUGUUUACUGACCACUUUAUUUGCCACGGAUUUCUUCGAAAUCAAAGCUGUGAAGGAUAUUGGCAAACUUGUAAAGAGCUGGGAUAGCCCUAUUGCAUUCGCUUCUAAGUAA